GGAAUAAUGUUACUUUGUAGGCUGGAUGGAAGGAGAACCAUGCCACUUUCAUGAAUGAACUGAAAAAUCUACAAUCGGCAGGAUUAACCACCUUUGGACAGGCUCUUCGAUCAUCAUUUGAUUUGCUAAACCUCAACAGAUUAGUGUCUGGAAUAGACAACUAUGGACAGGGAAGGAACCCUUUCUUUUUAGAACCAUCAAUUUUAAUUACAAUCACAGAUGGAAGCAAAUUGACAAAUACUACAGGUGUGCAGGAGGAGCUUCAUCUUCCUUUGAAUUCUCCCCUGCCUGGAAGUGAGUUAACCAAAGAACCAUUUCGCUGGGAUCAGAGGCUGUUUGCCCUUGUGCUGCGCUUGCCUGGAGUGUCUUCAGUGGAACAGGAACAGCUAGGAAGUGUCCCUACAUAUGAGUCUGCUAUUACACAGAUGUGUGAAGUCACAGGAGGACGCUCAUAUUAUGUUCGGACACAAAGAAUGUUGAAUCAGUGUUUAGAAUCUCUAGCUCAGAAAGUUCAGAGUGGUGUUGUCAUCAACUUUGAGAAAUCAGGACCAGACCCACCACAAAUUGGGGAAGAUGGAGUUGUUGAUGUCACAAGACCCAUCACUUCCUUUGCUUCUCAGCCAUGGCACAGCUGUCAUAAACUCAUCUAUGUGAGGCCUAAUCCUAAAACGGGAAUUCCUGUUGGCCAUUGGCCAAUUCCAGAAUCCUUUUGGCCUGAUCAAAAUUCACCAACACUGCCUCCCCGCACAGCCCAUCCAGUGGUGAGGUUCUCCUGCAUGGAUUGUGAGCCUAUGGUAAUCGAUAAGCUUCCAUUUGACAAGUAUGAGCUUGAACCAUCACCCUUAACGCAGUACAUCUUGGAGCGAAAGUUACCUCAUUCCUGCUGGCAGGUAUUUGUGAGCAGCAGUGGGAAGUACAGUGAACUGGGCCAUCCGUUUGGGUAUUUGAAGGCCAGCACCACUCUAACAUGUGUCAAUCUCUUUGUGAUGCCUUACAACUACCCUGUCCUCCUCCCUCUGCUAGAUGAUUUAUUUAAGGUUCACAAACUUAAGCCAAAUUUGAAGUGGCGGCAAUCUUUGGAUAACUACUUAAAAACCAUGCCUCCCUACUACUUGAUGCCAUUAAAGAAAGCACUAAGGAUGAUGGGAGCUCCAAAUCUGAUACCAGAAAAUUUAGAUUGUGGACUUAGUUACAGUGUUAUCGCUUACCUUAAAAAACUCAGCCAACAGACGAAAAUAGAGUCGGAGCGGAUAAUAGGGUCAGUGGGCAAGAAAGCACCACAAGAGAUAGGCAUUAAAGUGAAAAAUCACUUCAGUGGUCUCUCACUGAUCCAGAAGAGGGAUUUCAAACAGCUGCUUCCAGGGAUCUCAGGUGAAUCUCCGCUGAGGCUUCCUGAAACGAACGUUAAGGAAUUUACUGGCUUCCACAUAGGGCUCUUAAACAAGGAUCUAAAGCCACAGGUAUAUAGGAAUGCUUAUGAUAUUCCUCGCCGCAGCCUUUUAGACCAGCUGACCCGAAUGAGGACUAACCUGCUGAAAACACACAAAGUUAUCCUGGGCCAGGAUGAAGAUUGCAAUCAUAGUGUUCCAGUGGCUCAGAUGGGGAACUACCAGGAAUAUCUAAAGAGAAUGCCUUCUCUACUUCGGGAAAUUGACCCAGACCAACCCACAAGACUUCAUACUUUUGGUAACCCUUUCAAGCAAGAUAAGAAGGGCAUGAUGAUUGAUGAAGCGGAUGACUUUGUCACCGGUCCUCAGAACAAAAUCAAGCGUCCAGGAGAGACCAACACCCCUGCCUCUCUGAAAAGGCGGCACAGUAUGUCUCCACUGUUGAGGCAGUCCCAGUCCCCACCAAUGAUAGCCAAUCAUGUCAGUGUGAAGGGGGCCUCCUCUGCUACAGGGUCCCCAACCAGCGCCACCCUCAAAGCCAUGCCAGCCUACAAAGAUGCAAAAAGCAAUGUAGUGCAGGAUGGCAAAGGUGAGAAGAAUGUAGACAACUUCCAGUCCCUGGACAAGCAUGGGGAUGGGCUGACUACGCACCUGAUUGCCCCGCUCCCAGCAGCCCUGACAGAUGACUUGCCAAACGAUGUGGACUCUUUGCCCAGUGAACUGAAUUGCAUUGAGGAGGAUAGAUUGGACCAUAGGCCUGUUACCAACUCCCUUGUUUGCAGACCUGUAAAUUACAGUAUGUCUUCAGAGGAACAAAAACUAUUGGUGAAGUCUGUACCUGGAACCAUGAAAAUAAUGUCCAGUAUGUUUGAAGGGAACAAUGAAGUUCUCAGAAUCAAAGUUAUGAAGGAGGUUCGCAAGCCUGGGAGAGAUUACAAAAGAAUUUUUUCUCUCCUUGAAGAAGUUCAAGGCCCUGUGGAAAUUCAAAAAUAUUUCAUUGAAUUUGCUAUCAAGGAAGCAGCAAGGUUUAAGAAACGGGUGUUAAUUCAACACUUAGAGAGAAUACUAGAGGAAAUAGAGUUCAACGGCCUGCCCAACAGAGUUAAUCAUGUCAACAGUAGAUAAUAGUGUCCCAGCAAGAGGAAUGCACAGGCCAAGGAGAAUAAGUUUGCUAUGUUGCAGAGGAGUGAACGAGGACGUUGUGGCAGCUACCACUGGUAUGGUGGCCAAGCAGUUUUUCUGUUGGAGUUUGUACAUUUGCAAACCUCUCUCAAUGGAAGAUGGGCUGUGACCCUGAUGGAUUUGCUGCAGGAGAUCUGGCUUCCUCCCUCUUUACCCUACUUUGGAGGGCCUGAUCUGCUCAAUGGGCUGAAGAAAAACACUCAGUGCUACCCUCGUCCUGCAGGUGAUAAGAAUUUACUCGUUUGAACCUUUGUUCUAAGACACUUUAAAGCACUGCUUCAGGCAGCGGGUCAAAGCUGAUAAAACAAAAAUGGCAUACCCUUUAUCUGCACUUGUGUUGGAAAAAUCCUUCGUUAAGAAGAAGAAGAAGAGGAGGAGGAGGAGAGUGAAAAUGCCCUCUGUGGUGAUAGUGCAUAUUUUCAGAGAACAGUUUCUGAGAACUGCUAGCCAACCCAGGAACAAGUUUUCAGGACAUUAUGAAAGUGCGUGCCUGCUGCUCCCCAGGUCCCAACUUCAGUUCUCUUUCAUCUUAUG